AUCAAUUGAUCAAUUCUAAACAAAAACUGACCCAAGAGCUGUUUACAGCGGAUAAAAAAAAGAUCAAUAACUAAAUAUGGUUUCAGUUUCUUAAUUUUAUGUGCAGAUAGACGACUGCAACUUUUAAAAUAAAUAGUUUUUACUAUGUCUAGUCAAGAUGAUUCUGGGGUUCAAGAACGUCAGACUCUCUUGUCUAGACUAUUAGAUGCUGUGAAGCAGUGCCAAAUUAGAUUUGGUGGAAGAACAGAACUUGCUACUGAAAAUGACAGCAGGGUUGUUUGCCUAUGCACUCAGCUUGAAACAGUUUUGCAACAUGGCAUGCGGAAGACAGAUAAAAGCUUUCUUCCUCUCAGGCAUGUGGCAGAUAUGAUGAAAAACCUGAAUAUAAUAAACAAUGAAGCAGAACCUUCAUUUUGGCAAAUAGUAAGGUUGGUACUUAACAAGCAUGAGUAUGAAAGGUAUAUGUUGUUGAAAAAUAUUAAAUCUGAUAUCGGACGAGGGAGAGCCUGGCUGAGAUCUGCUCUGAAUGAAAAAUCUCUGGAGCGUUACAUGCACAUGAUUGUAACUGAAUCCUCACAGAUCAGAAAUUUUUAUGAAGAUGGGGCUUUUCUGCUAGAUGAGGAACGAAGUAGUAUGCUACCAAUGAUGGCUGCAGGAUUGGGAUCCAUUCUUUUUGCCAUCACCAUUGAUAACCCUGAUCUGAAUUAUACACGUCCACCAACAGCUACAGAAUCUUCUAACGAACUUUCAAAGCCUUCAUUUUCACCGAAAGAAAAAUUUGAACCUAGACCAGUGAUACAAAAAUCAGACCACAAAGAAAUAGGUCACAAGAAAAGGAAGAAAAAACGUCCUACUACUCAAGUUGUUUCCUUCGAUGAUGAUGAUCUAUACAGUGAUACCUUAGAUAUCUGUUCUUCCUUACCCGAAUCGUGCAGUGCUCCCCCAACUUGCUUGUCUUCUCCUGUCCAACUUUCUGGUAACUUUCUUGCUUUCUCAUCCACACUGCCUCCACCUUCUGCCUCUAAGUGUGUACCCUCUACUAACACGCCUGGGGAAUCAGAAGACAAAGGUCAGAAAAUCGUCUCCAGUUCCAUCGUUGUGACUGGCUGUGAAUCCACUGCUUUAGAGUUAAUACCCACUCGGCGACUGCCACAGCAAGUCACAUUGACACCGCUGGGGGCUUCUCCUAGUGUUGAACUUAUACCAAUCGCUCAAAAUGAAGAUGGCAUUGCAUCAGAUGAUUCUGUUUCAAUACCAAGCUUUUGCGAUGACGUAGAUAAUGCUGUUGCUGCCCUGGCUGCUACUCAGAGUGCCCGUUCAUGGUCCACAUCUUCCAAUCAAAGUACAAAAUCUCUUACGCCACGAAGUAGAAAUGACACCUUAUCCAUGACAACAGAAGAAUUAAGGGAAGCCUUAUUGGCUUUUAUGGCUAAAAAAGAUGAAUAUGAGGAGAAAAAUGGAACUUUAACCUCAUUGUUGGAGCGAGAAAUGGAAAUAACUGAUGGACUCAGAGCAGAAUUAGAAGACACAAAGCGAAACUGUGAAGAAAAAGUUGAGCGCUCAGAAAGCAAAUUUCAAACUUUAUCCAGAGAGAAUGAGCUACUGAAACAUCAACUUAAAAAAUAUAUUACAGCUGUGCAAAUGUUGAAACAUGAUAGUGAAGGUCGGGUACAAGAAUUGACGAGCAUGAUUGGUGAAAUUCAUCCUCCCAUUCCAGAACCCAAACACUUCAUUGAUCACCAAUAUGAAGCAUCUGAAUAUGAAAAAAAACUUGUUCAGGUUGCUGAAAUGCAUGGUGAGUUAAUUGAGUUCAACGAACGUCUUCAUCGAGCACUACUACAACGAGAAAACUUUAUUAGGAGACUGAAGGAAGAUUUAGUAGAAUUAAGGGGACCACUUCUUGAUGAUAAUCAAACAUCAGAUGAUGAUCUAAGCAUCACAUCUGACUAUGAUGCGUCUUCUCAAAGUGCAGCUUCUAGGCCUUUGAUAAACGUGUGGAUACCAUCAGCAUUUCUUACUGGAAAGACUGCCGAUAUUCAUCAUGUUUAUCAGGUUUAUGUUCGCAUAAGGGAUGAUGAAUGGAAUGUUUAUCGAAGAUAUGCCCAGUUUUAUGCUUUUCACAAACUGUUGAAGAAGAAAGACCCUAUUGUAAAUACUUUCGACUUUCCACCCAAAAAAACUAUAGGAAAAAAGGAUGCAAAAAUUGUGGAAUUGAGAAGAAAGCGCCUGCAGCACUAUCUUCGCUGUGUCCUAAAUUGGUUGUUGCAGUCCAACUCAGACCUUCUCAGCAACCCAGACAAGGAAACUUUCAUUUCUAUUCUGCCAUUCUUCAGUGAUUCAGUAAACGUGGAAAGAAAAAGGCAUGACGCGAGAAACCGCGAGCCAACUUUAUCUUUAGAACAAGAUCAGCACUACACUGGACUCUAACAUUCCUUUCUCGUGUAUUGAUUAUGUUAUAUAAAUAUACAUUUCUAUAUAUGUAUACAUACUUAUAUAUAUAUAUAUAUUUGAUCUUUUUUUAUUUUAUUUUCAUUUAACCCUAUUGUUGAUGAAAAUUCACUGCCUGUAUAAAUUUUGUUGUUCUUUUUUUUUAGAUGUUAUUUAUUUAUGUCAUUAAAUUAUUGCCUGUAGAAAUGAUAAUAAAAAAAAUCAUUGUCCAUAUGAAUUUACUAUGCAAAUUGUAUGUAGGCCUAAUCAUGCCUGAUAAUGAAUAAAAAUUGAAAUGACAUUUUUGUUACUAAA